CAAAUCCAAGAUGGAGUUUGAAGAACUAAAGAUUGAAAUUCCAAUAGAAGAAGAACAAGAAGAAGAACAAGAAGGACUGCAACUACCUCCGAAAAAGUAUGAAAAUACAGCCGGUGGUUUUGUGACCGGCUUUGAUGUCAACUCCAAGGAAGCUAUCGAGAGGAAGGCUCGAAGACGCAAAAGAUUCGGAGUAAUAGAAGAAAAAGAAGAAGAAGAAACUAAUAAAGACAAGGAAACAGACGGGAACGAUGAAAAUGAAAUGAUAUUACCAAAGGACACCCCAAAGAUCCCUGAAGGUGAAAUACGUAAAGAUGCACUCCAUGUUUAUGGUAUAGACAAUAUGAGUACCAAGGAUGUGUUCAACUACUUUGAAGAGUAUGGACCAGAAUCCAUAGAAUGGAUUGAUGAUGCUUCCUGUAAUGUAGUCUGGGAAGAUGAGCAUUCAGCAGCCAGAGCUCUUGACUCAAUGGGAAAAAGUUUAAAUUCAAGUGAGCCAGGAAAUGAAAAUUCUGUGCUGCAAUGGAAGGCUGGUCCCUUAUGCAAGAAGGCAAAGGGUAGAUUGUUGUUACGAUUUGCUACCAAAAAGGACAAAAAGCAACCAGGAGCAGCAAAGAGAAGCAUGUACUAUCUUGUACACGGCUAUCCAGGGCAAUCUACAGGAAAAAAGAAAGGAAUCGUUAGCAAGUCAAGGAAGAGAAAACUCAUGCAAGACAAGGAAAGAGCAAGGCACAAAUAUUCUGGUGAACCUGAUGUAGAGUUUAUUGAAAAGAUGGAAGUAGAAGAACAAGAAAAGAUGGAAGUGGAUGAGCCAGCCAUGAAGGUGAUUGUCAAGAAUGAUAGGACACUAGAAAGCACGUCCAAGGAAGUACCAGAGCGACUGCGCAUGCGUAUGCAUGCAGAUGACCUUGGAAGCGAAAACGACCCAGAUGAGAAAAGUAAAAUCCAUGAUAGAUUACAAGAACGACUACAGGAAAGAAAACCGGAUAAGCUGCAGGAUAAAAUACAAGAUAGAAUCCAAAUAGAGGUAGACAACACUGCUAAAAACGAAGGGAUUGACUUGAGAGAAAGACUAAAAACCAGAAGAAAGCAUGGCUUUGAUUUUAUGGACAGACCAUCGUUGUCGAUUGAAAUAAGAGAAGAACAAUCUUGAAAAAUGGAUAUGCUACUGUAAAUAAAAAAUAUGUAAAAUUUGAUACUUGACAACAUUUUUGAUGACAUCAAGAGCGAGAAAAUAUCAAUGUCUUUAUCACAAUGUACCUGUGGAAUAUCGGGAAGGGUCGAGGAGAAUCUUUAAGGGAUAUAAUUCUAAAGUGCGAACCAUAUAUCACUGAAAUAGCACAAAAGCUAAAUAGCACUAAACACAUCUAUUUCUUUUGUUUUCAAUUGUUUCGUUGGUACUAUUUUGCACUAAUUAGUUAGUAUUAUUUCAGUGAUACAGGGGUGUAACCAGGGAUCUUGCUAUGGAGGUGCACAGGCAAUGAUUUGCAGAACCCMAAAAAAAAAGGUAACCAAAAAUAAAAAAUAGCAGAAUCAAAAAAAAGCCCCCUGGUUACGGCCCUGGGAUAUAUGGUUUGCACUCUACUGUUUAUCUUUGGCCUAAAAUGGAGAUGAGUGCUCAUCACAGGAAAGUGCUUGUGCAUUAAACCAAUUGGUUGAAUAGGGCGUAUGGCGUAUAAGAUGAUUCACAAAUUUUCUUUCUCAUUUCAAUUUGUAUUCACUCAUAUAACAACUAAAUAAUAAGACAAUUGGUGCUAAUUAACUGAACAAAAGAAAGUGUGCAAUGAAGUCUGGUAGUCAAUAUGACGCCAUCUUGUAAAUGUCCUACACGAACACUGGAUGAUGCUGUUCUCGUUAGGCAGGUUUUCGUUAGCCAACGAUAACGCAACUUCCCACCUUAAAAUCUUUGGAAUUUUAAUUUUGAUAAAUUCUGAUGUUUUUCUAUUUAUUAUUGUUUUUUCCUCGUCAAUUUUAAUGUUAAUCAUGUUUGUACUGUAUGUAAAUUGUAUGGAGAGGGAAUAUCAAUUGGGACGAAAGUUCUGUUUUUUUCGCCAGUCACAAAAUUUGUAUGUCUCAAGUUUUAUAAAAUGUAUAUGUUAAUACCGUAUUGUGAGAAAUAAACUAAACUAAACAACGUUA